AUGUCGGAAGGGGCGGCCACAUUCGAAGCACCCUUGACACAGGGCUUUGGAUAUGGUAUUAUCCUAGGCUUGGGAUUUGCUUUUGCAUUGUUGAUGAUUUUCAUCACAUGGGCACUGAAACGCUAUCAGAAUGAAGUCCAGACAUCCGAAAUGUUCUCGACUGCAGGUCGGUCCGUCAAAUCAGGUCUGGUCGCUGCUGCAGUCGUGAGUAGUUGGACAUGGGCUGCAACUCUGCUCCAGUCCUCGGCUGUGGCAUACAAAUAUGGAGUUUCGGGGCCUUUCUACUAUGCAUCUGGUGCAACUGUCCAGAUCCUCCUCUUUGCAACGAUCGCCAUUGAGCUCAAGCGACGCGCUCCAAAUGCUCACACCUUCCUCGAAGUCAUCCGUGCCCGUUAUGGAACCACCGUCCACAUCGUUUUCAUCGUCUUCUGUCUCAUGACCAACAUCCUCGUCACGGCUAUGCUGCUCACUGGUGGAUCGGCCGUCAUGACCUCCCUUACUGGAGUACCCACUGCUGCUGCGUGCUUCCUGCUUCCCAUUGGUGUCGUUCUAUAUACACUCUUCGGUGGUAUCAAGGCCACUUUUAUCACGGAUUACAUGCACACCGUGGUGAUCUUGGUCGUGAUCUUCCUUUUCGCUUUCUCGGCCUAUGCGACCAACGCCGAGCUCGGUUCCCCGAGCAAGGUGUACGACGCUCUCGUUGCCGCGGCCAAGGCGCAUCCUGUUGAAGGCAAUGCCGAAGGAAGCUAUCUCACCAUGAGAUCGAAAGAAGGAGGCAUCUUCUGGAUUAUCAACUUGAUUGGAAACUUCGGUACAGUCUUCCUCGACAACGGCUACUACAACAAAGCCAUUGCCGCAAGCCCUGUUCAUGCUUUCCCCGGUUAUGUGAUUGGUGGACUCUGCUGGUUCGCCAUUCCCUGGCUGUGCGCUAGCACUAUGGGUAUCUCCGCGUUGGCGCUUGAAGGGUCUCAGCGUAUGAGUAGCUCGGAUGUGACUGCUGGACUGGUCCUUCCUUUUGCUGCAGUCAAGCUUCUCGGCUACAGUGGUGCCGUCGCUACUACUUUGAUGAUCUUCAUGGCCGUUACGUCUGCUUUCUCGGCUCAAUUGAUCGCCGUCUCUUCGAUUUUCACCUAUGACAUUUACCAGGCAUAUGUCGACCCCGCUGCCAAGGGCAAGAAGCUCGUCUGGAUCUCCCACGUGUCUUGCAUUAUCUACGCUGUUAUCAUGGCUGGCUUUGCUACCGGCUUGUUCUAUGCUGGUAUUGGUAUGGGUUAUCUGUAUCUCCUCAUGGGCGUCAUCAUCUCCUCUGCCGUGUUCCCUGGUGCCAUGACUCUGCUUUGGAAGGGUCAGAACUGGAUUGCUGCGGCUGCGUCGCCACCUCUUGGUCUGGCAGUGUCUCUGAUCGCUUGGCUGGUGACUGCGAAGAAGGAGUACGGUGUCUUGACCGUCGAUACGACCGGUGCAAACUACCCCAUGCUCGCUGGCAACGUCGCUGCCCUGCUCAGCCCAGUCGUUUUCGUCCCCAUCUUCACCUUCGUUUUCGGCUCCCAGAACUACGACUACGAGUCCAUGCGCGCAAUUCGCAAAGUCGACGACACCGAUGUUGCCGCGGCAGCACACGUCGAUCUUGAACUCAUCCCCGGCGAAGGCACCGGUCCCUCCGCAACUGAGUCCGAAGAAGAGACACGCAAACUCAACCGUGCGGCGUUGUACUCGCGUACCCUGACCAUCUUCAUGACUCUUGCCCUGAUGAUUCUGUGGCCCAUCCCAAUGUAUGGAUCAUCAUACGUGUUCAGCAAGAAGUUCUUCACUGGCUGGGUUGUUGUCGGUCUGAUCUGGCUGUUCUGCACUCUCUUCGGUGUGGUUGUGUUCCCGCUUUACGAGGGUCGGGAGAGCAUUGUGCGUGUUGUCCGGAUGAUGACCAUGGAUAUGAUGGGUCGCAAGCCGAAGGUGUAUCGGGGCCACAAGACGGACGGUGCGCAGGCUUCUGGUAUCGCGACGCCCACGGAGAAGAUUGGGGAGAAGGAUAAAGAGGCUGGCGAUGCUUCUGCUUAA